AUGGGAAUUGCUGAACUCCUGAAAAUUGUUGAAAAAGCAAAAGAAAAAAAUAUAAAUCUAAUAAAAUUUAAAGGUGAAACUUUAGCUGUUGAUGCAAGUUGUUUUAUAUACAAAGGAUUAUAUUCACAAUCAGCAGAUGAUCUUAUGGGAAAGAAAUCUACUAAGUGUUUAGACUAUAUUUUAAAAACUGUCAAAAUUAUAGUAAAUGCAGGUAUUCAUGCCGUUUUUGUAUUUGAUGGACAAAUGUUACCAUCAAAAAAGGUAACAAAUGAUAAAAGAAUUGCAGACAGAGAAGAGAGAAGGAAAGAAGCUAUUGCACUGCUUAAAAUGGGAAACAAAGAAGAAGCAUUGAAAAAAUUUCGCGGAUCAUAUUCUAUUUCUAAGGAAUGUCAAGCUGAGUGUAUCGAAGUUUUAUCUGGAAUUAAAGGUGUUGAUGUUAUAGUUGCGCCUUAUGAAGCAGAUGCAGAGUUAACUUUCCUUGUUAACUCGGGUUUGGCUUAUGCAGCCAUAACUUUGGAUUCAGAUCUUCUUGCCUUUGGAUGUAUGCGUGUUAUAUAUAACUUAAACGUUGACAGUGCAAUGUGUGAAGUAAUACAAUUUCCUAAUAUACGAAGUUGUUUUUCCCAAAGAUUACAAAGCUCUUUUAAUAGUGAAUUAUUGAGAUACAUGUGUAUUUUAAGAGGGUGUGACUAUUUUGGUGGUUUAAAAGGUAUGGCCUUCAAGAAUGCAGAAAAAUUCUUUUCAAUAAUAAGUGAUAGAAAUCCGAAGACAUUUAUCAGGCAUAUCAAAAGUGUUACUAAAAUCAACGUUCCAAAUAUUGAAAUAUUUGUGAAUGAAUUUAUUCGUGCCAAUAACACUUUCUUGUAUCAAAUUAUUUUUGAUCCAAGGGAUGGAUGUCAAAAGCCAUUAAAUCCUUAUCCUGAAGAUUUAAUUAAAGAAUUUGGUAGUCAAAAUAGUAUCGUUGAUUCUUUGGAAAGUGAUAGUUUCUUCUGGUACGCAGGUAAAAUUUAUCCACCUGAUAUUGCUAGGUUGCUAGCGGUUGGUAACCAAUUUGAAGAAAUUUUAAAAAAUAAUAUACGGUUUAAAAUUCCGCAGAAUGUUUCUUUUAAAUCAAUUUGGAAAUAUUUAACUGGAGGACGUUCACCAUUGAGAAUAAAAAGAGAGCCUUCGACGUGUUCUUUAUCACAAAGUUUACCCAGAAAACGUAGAAAUUCUUCUAAUAUUGCUGAAGAAAGUGAGAUAAUUUCUUCUAAACGUUGUUUGAUGUCUAAUACCCAAGUUUUUGGUCAAGAUGAUUCCAGCAAAGAAAACAAUAAAUUAACUAAUUCGGAAGGAAAUACAAUUUAUGACAAACAACAACAUUUAAAAAUAGAAUUAAUAUCUCAAAAUAAACAGAAAAGUCCAUUAAAUGAGUUGCAAAGGGUUAAUUCAAAUUCCAAAGUUAGAAAGAUAAUCAUAAGGGAAAGCAAGUACUUUAAAAGUACAUCGGAAAAUGUGGAAACUAAGUUAUUCAAGGAGGACGUUAGUUCAAGCAUUUUAUAUAAUCGUAUAACCGCUAAACCAAAUUUUACCAGAUCUCAAGAACGUAGAUAA